AUGUCUGAUAUAUUUGCCCCAGCACCAGAGCCUUCAACCGAGCUUGGAAGACUUCGUAUACUGUCUAAAAAUGCAGGUAUAAGAGUUUCGCCACUUGUCCUUGGGGCAAUGUCCAUUGGAGAUGCGUGGCAAGAAAUGUUGGGCUCUAUGGACAAACAGCGCUCUUUUGUGUUAUUAGACGCAUUCUACGAAGCCGGAGGUAACUUUGUCGAUACUGCUAACAACUAUCAAAACGAACAGUCUGAGCGAUGGAUAGGAGAAUGGAUGGCCUCCAGGAAAAUUCGGGAUCAGAUUGUUGUGGCUACCAAAUACACCACGGAUUACAAGGCAUAUGAAAUCGGCAAGAACAAAAGCGCAAAUUUCAACGGAAACCACAAACGUAGCUUGCACCUGAGUGUUAGAGACUCUCUAGUCAAACUGCAGACAGACUGGAUUGACAUCUUGUAUGUCCAUUGGUGGGACCAAAUGACAUCUAUCGAGGAAGUCAUGGACAGUCUUCACAUUCUGGUUCAGCAGGGUAAAGUGCUUUAUCUUGGUGUGUCCGACACCCCGGCGUGGGUGGUCUCUGCGGCAAACACGUAUGCGAGGGCUCAUGGAAAAACCCCGUUCAGUGUAUACCAAGGCAGGUGGAACGUGAUGUUGAGGGACUUUGAACGUGAGAUCAUUCCCAUGGCAAGGACAUUUGGUAUGGCCCUUGUGCCCUGGGAUGUGUUGGGUGGCGGUCGGUUCCAAACCAAAAAGAGUUUGGAGGAAAAGAAGAAGAAGGGCGAACACGUACGUUCUUUUAUUGGCCCGGCAGACCUAACUCCAGACGAGAUCAAGAUUAGUGAAGCUUUGGAGAAAGUGGCGAAAGAGCACAAUACCGAAUCCAUCACUGCAAUUGCACUGGCCUACGUAAGGUCCAAGACCAGUCGCGUUUACCCACUCGUAGGGGGGAGAAAAAUUGAACAUCUGAAGCAAAACAUCGAAGCCUUAAGUAUCAAGCUAUCUCCAGACCAAAUCCGUUUUCUGGAGAGCGUUGUUCCGUUUGAUGUUGGUUUCCCAAGCUCCUUUAUUGGUCCAGAUCCCAUUUCAACUGGAGAAACUGGAUUUUUGACUGCUAUGUCAACCCAUCUUGCCUUUGACUAG